CGGACGUGUACAAUGACCUCAGCAGUUUGUGCGUAUCAGCUGACACACAUACAGACGGGAAAACAUGGAACGCGGUUUCUCUCUUGCUGGACCUUCUUCUAAUCCUCGUAAACGUCAAGUACGAUUUUCAGCACGUCAUGACAUCCUGCUCCUCCGUGAGGUGAUAGCACAGAACCCCUUCACUUCUAAAGAGUCAGGCCGGAUCUGGGCAAGAGUGGGCGAAAUUAUUACUGCGACCCUACAAGAUGAGAACUUUGAGGUGGAUGGACGCAGAUGCAGGGAGAGAACAAUGCUACUGCUGGAUUAUUAUAAAAAACAGGACUUUGCAAGUCUACGCAGGUUUGGUACGGAGCGCCUCUAUGCACAGAAAGAAGACCUGCUGCAUGAAGUCCUGGAGUUGGAGGCAGAGAAGAAUCUUCUGGCGAGUGGAGAAAGUAAAUACCAAGAUGAUGAACUCAGGAAGAGAGCACUAGAAGAAUUAACGUCACCUGAGCCUGACAAAUCCACUGUGCUGUCAGUAACAACAGCUCCCCCCACUGUGGUAGCCAGCCCAGAACCUGAGGAGCAGGAGGAGGCUGAGCUCACAGCUCCUACAGCCAAACGGCCAUGUCAGUGCUGCUGCCAGACCUACUCAGAGAUCCUAAGCUUCCUAGAAAAGCGAUUUGAAGCAGAGCAGAGUCUGCGAGAGGAGGAGAUGGCACUGAGAAGAGAGGAGCUAGAAAUUCAGAGGAGUAAGAUUGCCUUAGAUCGCGAGCGUCUUGGAGCAGAAAGAAAAGAGCGGGAACGUCGCUUUGAGCUGGAGAGUCAGGAAAGGCAGGUUAUACUGGAUUUGUUAAAGGAGAAGGUCCUAAAAAAUGAACGGAACUCUGACUGAAAUGACUAAAAAUAGUUUAAUGUUAAUAGUUUUUUUUCCCCAGUCUUUGAUGUUGAAUUGUCUUUCCAGCCAAUGCUAUAUUCUGCUUUCCCUGUUUGAACUGGUCUUAUAGCAUGAAAAUAAUGUAAACCCAUAAUAUUAUAGUUGAUUGUCAUAGCACUGAAUAAUAUUCAUUCAUUGAAUAAAUAUUGAAUUAUAUCAUUCUUAUCAAAUAUGAUUAGACACAAAUUCUGACCACGAAUAAUAAACAACAUUAGACCAGACCAUGUGAUGCAUUUUUGAAUUGUGUUCUAAUAUCUGUGACUCUCUGUGAAUUAUGUCACAUUUAGAAUGACUCGUCUGGUCUUGGAAACUGCUCAUCUUGUGGGUUGAAGUUUCAGAAUAUUGACUGAUUGAUUGCUAUCAGACUAUUAUCCAGUGACAAGUAUUGUUAUCAUGGGACUACUUUCACGACUGAAAAAAAUAGUCUGAGAAGAAGUGUAUACAAGAACCAUGUGUUCUGCUCAGAAACACCACUAUCACAUUGGAGAGCCACCCUCCUUAUUGACCUGAUAAGGUGCCUGUUGUUGCUGGUGACAGAGAGAAAGAAGAAAAAGAAAAGCUUCUGGGGGUGGCCCAUUCUCCGCUUUUCUCACCGCAGAGCCGCUAAAUACAAUCUGGCUAAGACUGAGAAUAAGUUGUGUUUUACAUGAACUCAUAAAAAUUAAAUAACUUUUUUAUAAGUACACCAUUCAUCUAAUUUUUAAGUUAUUUCAUACUUACUGCAAUUGUUUAUCGCUAACAGGCCACAUUCACAGCCAUUAUAAAAUCAGCCCAAAACUGGGUCAAGGAGGAUUUGGCUUUGUCUACGAAGGGACAAACACUGCAUAUUUCUUCAGAAGUAAAGGCUGGACUAAUAUGACCUCUGUGCACAUGCUAAUUGUUAUUGUUUUAAUUUUGUAAUAAUUGUAACAAACGCCUGAAGGCAUCCCCAUGGAGAUAGGCCUGACACUCUUGGCCAGUAAGAGCCCAAGAGCUCCUCAAAUAAUAAAACUGCUGGACUGGGAGGACAGCGAAGACCACUACAUCAUGAUCAUGGAGCAGCCCAUGCCCUGCAUGGAAUUGAAAAGUUUUGUGAAGCUCCACAGAGAGUCUUGACAAGGGGAUAGCACGAAAGGUCAUACGGCAGGUCUUUCAUCGGGACAUCAAAACGGAGAACCUGCUGUUGAACCAGGACACCAUAGAGAUUAAAUUGAUUGACUUUGGGUGUAGUGCGCAAA